AGGAAAAGGAAAUUCAAAAAACAAGUCUCCAGCGAGUCUCGCCUCCUUCUUCAGCCAGUCUCACACAGACAGUCCUCGGAAGGAUCAAAUCCAUCGUUGGAUUGAGGAAAACAAUGUUCGAACCACAACAUUUCAUGGAUUUACACGACAAUUCAAGUCUAGGAGACCCCAAAUCCUGGCUUUCCGGCGAUGACAACUCCUCUCCGAUUCACCGCCGGACUCAGUCCUCCCUGUCCUCCGCCUCCGCCGCCGGAACUGCUGCCAAUGUUGACAGACUCCUCUUUAACGACCUCGUCGAGAUCGUCCCUCUCGUGCAGUCUCUCAUUGAUCGGAAGGCGAGCAGUUCGUUCACCCGAGUUGGUGCAGUCACCUACACCAAGACGCCUUCAAGAGAAUCUUUGUCCAGGAGGUUUUCUGAACUGAAAGGGAGAAAUACAGCUCAAUCUAUCCCCACAAAAAAGCGAAGGGACCAUGGAGAAAAGGACCAGGGAAGGAAUGGUAGCAAUAACCAAGAUGGAUGUGCUGAUGGCUUCUCACUUUUCUCCUCUAGGGCUGUGGCAUCAGAGAAGGACAAAGAAGAGCUUAUUGCAUUGAGGGAACAAGUGGAGGAUUUACAGAGGAAAUUAGCAGAGAAAGAUGAACUCCUGAAAUCAGCAGAGAUUUCAAAGAGCCAGAUGUCUGCUGUUCAUGAUAAACUAGAUGAACUGAAGCAACAGGUAGCAGAAAAGGACUCUUUAAUUAAAUCUACUCAACUACAACUUUCUGAUGCGAAGAUCAAGCUUGCCGACAAACAAGCAGCCCUGGAAAAGAUACAGUGGGAAGCAAUGACAUCCAACAGGAAAGUGGAGAAGCUCCAGGAAGAUCUAGAAUCUAUGCAGGCAGAUAUUUCAUCAUUUAUGCUUUUAUUUGAAGGCUUGACAAAGAAUGAUUCCACUAUACGUUCCGAAAGCUAUGAUAUCACGCCAUAUCAUUUAGGUCAUCUUCCUCCAAUUGAUGAUCUGGAUGAGAUAGGGGCACAGAAAAUGGAGGAGGCAAGAAAAGCUUAUGUUGCUGCAGUCGCAGCUGCCAAAGAAAACCAAGAUGAAGAAUCUAUUGCACUUGCAGCCAAUUCAAGAUUACAUCUUCAAUCAUUUGUUUUCAAAAACCAUAAUAUGGAUGUCAACCGGGCAAGUCCAGAUGUCAGGAUUGCUGGAGCUCCUGUUGGAGCAGUUGCUCACUAGCCCCUUGGCCUAUUUAUAUUAUAGGCUCAAUAGUGGGAUAGUAGCUUCUACAUUGUUGAUAAUUAUUAUUGCAUUCCACCAAGAUCAAACUCGUUGUGUCCCAUGUUUUGUAUUCUUGUUUGCAAAUGUUUAUUGUAAGUGAAUGUUUGGAAUUGAUGCACCUGUAUGAGGGUCCUCUGAUUUCAAUUCAUACUACUUGUUCAAAGCA